AAACUACUACUAAGUACUAUAAGUACUACUAUAGUACCACUAUAUAAAUCCUGCCGGUCCAGUACAAGUAGUAGAUGCAAGCACUAACACACUCGUCUCUCCAUGUUAUCAAUCAAAAAGUGUACUUGAAUUACGAACCACUAAAAUCUUGCAAGAACAAUGGGAAAGACUCUAACAUAUCCCAAGAAACCAUCAAACACGGUCAACCGCUACAAACAUCGAGCGACCUACGAUCUCGGUGCCAUCCAUGCCAUAAUCAACUCAACCCAGGUCCUCCAUGUCUCCUUCAGUCCCGGGCCCUCCGAGCCCUUUCCAGCAAUCCUGCCCAUGAUCGGGCAAAUGGGCUCCUUCGACUAUCCAUCCGCCAGCAUCGACGAGCCUCUGGACUGCUAUCUUCACGGCUACGUCAGCUCGCGGAUCAUGAACCUUGCGCGCGAGUCCGAAGGGGAGGGGCUCCCCGUCUGUGUGGCAGCAAGUAAAGUCGACGGGCUCAUCCUGUCACUAACGCCCAACUCCCACAGCUACAACUACCGCUCAGCCAUCAUCCAGGGCUAUGCGCAGCUGGUUACGGACGAGGCGGAAAAACUGUACGCCAUGGAACUCAUCACGAACUCCGUGCUCUCGGACCGCUGGGCCAACACGCGCGUGCCGCCCGACCGCGCAGAGAUGUCCUCCACCGUCAUUCUCAAGGUCAAGGUCGUCAGCGGCAGUGGUAAGAUCCGCGACGGCGGGGUUUCCGACGAGAAAAAGGAUACAGGCAACGAGGAGGUCACCGACCGGGUCUGGACGGGCGUGGUGCCUGUCUGGGAGUCAUUCGGAGAGCCUGUACCCAGUACACAGAACCACGUGGCUGGCGUGCCGGACUAUAUCAGCUCAUUUGUGGCGGCGAAGAAUGCGGAGAAUCGUGGUUAUGCGGAGAAGGCCAUUGGUGUUCAGCUGCCACAGGAGGAGCAGCAUUGACGUGGGCUGAAAGGGCGCAUUAUAUCUUUUCUUUUCUUUUUCUUUUCUUUUUCUUUUUUAUGGUAGAUGUUGUCUAACGAAAUGUCAUUUCAGGGCUGUCCACAGCGUGGUGAGUUAAAUGAGGGAGGCUCUUCGGGCUGCGCAAGACAUAUUGCGGGGUAGUU